CGCAAGAGUUGACACGAUAGGUUCUAUUUACACUGUUCUAGACACUGGUUGAUCAAGAUGAGACUCGGGCUUGUUACUUCAGGCUAUUGUAUGGCCCGGCAGUGCUUGAGAAAAAAUGUUCCUUUACACAGAGUUUGCAGAAGGAAUGUCACGGGGGCUGGGUCUACACUGGACUUCAAUGUGGACAGUAAAACAGGAAUAGCAGUUUUGUCAAUGAACAAACCACCAGUAAACAGUCUGAACUUGGAAUUUUUAACGGAAAUCAACAUUGCUCUGGAAAAAGUUGAAAAUGACAAACAAUGUAAAGGACUCAUUAUCACAUCAGACCUUCCUAAGAUAUUUAGUGCAGGUCUCGAUAUCACUGAGAUGUACCAACCCGACAUUGACAGGCUACAGGAGUUUUGGCGAACACUCCAGGACAUGUGGAUCAAACUCUAUGGAAUGAGUCGAGUUACCAUAGCAGCAAUUAAUGGACACAGCCCAGCAGGUGGUUGUCUAAUGUCUAUUAGUUGUGACUACAGAAUAAUGGCACCUAACUAUACCAUCGGACUAAAUGAAACACAGCUGGGAAUUGUAGCACCAUUCUGGUUUGUUGAUGUAAUGUUUAACACAGUAGGUUUCAGACAAACAGAAAUGGCCCUUCAGCUAGGCACUCUGUUCAAGACAGACGAGGCCUUAAAUAUUGGCCUUAUUGACAAAGUUGUUCCACAAGAAGAAGUACUUAAUGCUGCCAAGCUAGAAAUGGAGAGAUGGUUAAAAAUUCCUGCUUUUGCAAGACAGUUGAGUAAAACCGAAGCCAGGCGACCAACAAUAGAAAAACUUAUUAAAAGGAAAGAAGAAGAUAUAGGCUAUUUCAGGGAUUACAUCACAAAGGAUGCCAUUCAGAAAUCACUGGGAAUGUACCUAGAAAGUCUCAAGAACAGGCGAAAGUAACCCACAUUGGUUGUGUAUUUCCCUGUGAUAUUCCCAAGUUUAAAACUAGUGUGAAUUCUAUUAUUUUAAUUAUUACCGGUACAUUGCAUAAAAUGAAUCAUUGCAUUUAUGAAUAUUGAUUGAUCAUUUUUUGAGUUGAUUGAUCAGUUUUAAAACUUCUUCAUACAUAAUGGCACUAUGUAUUUUGUGUAUACAUGUAUUACUUAAAUAUCAGGGGUUAUUAAAAUAAUGAAGUACACUG